AGGAAGUUAGGCUGUCCACCCUGUCCUGCAGAACCACCAAAUCCAAAUUCCCAUUCCCACGCAUAUGUGUUGGAGCAUGCGAUCGUGAAUCCGACAUCACGUUCUUCCCACAACACAGGACGCAAUCGCACAAUACGAUUUGGGGCAUCUCAUAGAUUUUGCAGCUCAAGUUCUCAUGUGCUUGGUCUUCGUCCUGUGUUCAUUCGAAAGUGCGUGCAUUGUGUGUUAGAUGGUGGCUUCCAUUGCCUAUUUUGGGAGUUGUUUUGGAUGAUCACAAUACUGUUUCUGUGAGUGCAAUUUUGCUUUCUAUUAAUAGGAUUCACCGCUGUGUAUGGCGUUAAUUUAGUGGGGAAGACGAGAUCAAAGAAAUCGAGCACUUUCUGGAUCACGCCUUAUUAUUUUUUCUUACGAGUUGAAGUCGUCGCUGUAGUCAAUUUCCUCUUGGUUUCUACUUGGAAAUUGCUUGAAUCAUCAGGUCUUUCCUUCUCGUGUCUUUUUCUUUCAACUACAUGGAGAAAAUCUGCGUAUUCGUGUAUCAAAUUCCUACUCUGACUUCGUUCCGCAGAAACAAGAGCCGAGGCUGUACCCCCUUUGUUUCGCUUCACUGUUAAGUUCUGAAAAAGAUGUUAGAAAAACUUUAGAUUUCUAGAAGUGCCAGGAACUCCCUGAAUGUUAUCAGUUGUACUGGUUGAAUCGGGUGAUUUAUUGAGAUUCUUGUAGGAUUAUGAUACUUUCUGAUCGUAAACCAAAUAUAUUUGAUUGAAUCAGAGGUUUUUCUGAUCCAUGGAAGAUGGCAAAGAUCCUGUUGUGGUUGGCAGAACUGGUCAGACUAGGGUUUUGCCCCAAAGGUUGCUCCUAUUGCUUGGAUUUUUCCUGGUUUUGUGUUUCACUUUCUCUGUAGUUAGUAUCUAUAUGAUUAGGAACUUUGGAAUUAAUAGUGUUGUGACUGCUGUAAGGCCGGAUUUAUUUCCCUGCAAUGAGGAAAAGUUAAGCUUAAAUCAAUGGAUCAAGCCCACAUCCAAUCUGAUGCAUAAGAUGAGUGAUGAGGAGUUGUUGUGGAGGGCAUCUUUCGUUCCCCGAAUAAAGCAGUAUCCGUUCAAGAGGGUUCCAAAAAUUGCAUUCAUGUUCUUGACUAAAGGACCAUUGCCGUUGGCUCCUCUUUGGGAAAGGUUUUUCAAAGGGCAUGAGGGGCUGUAUUCGAUAUACAUUCAUUCAUUGCCUUCCUUUGAGGCAAAAUUUUCAACCUCCUCUGUGUUUUACAGGAGACAGAUACCUAGUCAGGUCUCAGAGUGGGGAAGAAUAAGCAUGUGUGAUGCUGAGAGACGACUCCUAGCCAACGCCUUGCUUGAUAUAUCGAACGAACGGUUCAUCUUGCUUUCGGAAUCAUGCAUUCCUCUCUACAAUUUCACUACAGUCUACGACUACCUAAUGGGAUCCAAAUACAGCUUCAUGGGUGCAUUCGAUGACCCUGGCCCAUACGGCAGAGGUCGCUACAACCCCAACAUGCUACCGGAGGUCAACAUAUCGGAUUGGCGAAAGGGGUCUCAAUGGUUCGAAGUCAACAGAAAACUCGCCCUCUACAUCGUCCAAGACAUCAAAUUCUAUCCAAAAUUCGCCAUGUUCUGCAAACCGGCAUGCUAUGUGGACGAGCAUUAUUUCCCGACAAUGCUGACCAUUCAAGCCGGACAUCUCUUGGCUAAUCGAAGCAUCACUUGGGUCGACUGGUCGAGAGGCGGCCCUCAUCCCGCCACAUUCAGCGCCUCCGACAUCACGCCGGAGUUCUGGAACAAAAUCUAUGAAGGUAAAAACUGCUCCUACAAUGAUCAUCCUUCCUCAAUUUGUUUCCUUUUUGGCAGGAAAUUCUCUCCCAGUGCCUUGGAUCCUUUGCUACUGUCAGCCCGAAAGUACUUUGGUUUGUAACCAACUUAACUGUAGGUCGUGUCUGUGUGUCUGUCCUUUGUAAUAUUAAUGGAGGUGAAAAUUAAAUAAAACUUAGAGAGCUAUAUAAAAAAUCUGAGGGGGGGCUACUCUCUGUUGUUUAUUUUUGGAUACAAAGAGACAGGAAAGGAAUCCUGUUUGGUCGAAAGAAAAUCAAGGGUGGGAUUGGGGUAGUGAAUGCCUGCUUGUCUCUGCUGCAUGUCGUGUCACUGUAUCAUUGGGUGAAGAAGGUUCUCGAACUUGGUAUUAAUGGCCUCAAGUGUUUUUUCUCCCUUUUGACGUGUCGACGUGUGAUUGGUGCAGCAGCAGGUAGCACAUGCUCUCAACUCAGCCGCAUCUGAACAAUUAUUCGCACUCUACUGUACCGGCAUUGCGUCAGAUUUAAUUCUCUUUCAUACUUUGAAAUUUUGAAUACGAGUUUUUUUAUUUUUUUUCUUCUUUUUAUUAAAGAUUUGUAGACUUUAUUAUUGUUGUUUUGGUAUGGUAAAUUAAUAUUUAAGAGGUUUUUUUGGGUAAAAUAAACAGUAUAAAAUUGAUUUAAAAAUUCUUGAUUUAGGCAUAAUUUGAAAUUUGAAAGAGUUGUGUGGGACAGGGACUUUUUAACAAAGGGGGGGAAAUAUUUAUGGCUGGCAUGACUAUUAGGCUGUCGUAUCAAACAGCUGUCAGUACACCGCUUGCCAGUCUGUAAGUUUGGGCAGCUGCCCGUGAAGUAGAGACGCUGCCCGUAACCGUCUCUCUGACGGGUAUAUAGUGUGCGUUUCAAAGUUCGGGAGUGGAAAUAGAGAUAUUGUAAAGUCAUUUCAUUAGGAAUUCUUCAAUUUAUUCUCUCACGCGCAGAGCGUAAAAGUUGUGGUAAGUGCAAUGGCGUCGUGUCAGACUAGAGCUUUGCUUGUAGCUGUUGCACUGGCAACUAUUUUCGCUCUCAUGGAGAGCUCGGCGGCACAAGAGUCUCCGGCGCCAGCGCCAGCGCCGGAAUCGGCUGCUGGAGUUAUGUCGCCAUCAUUUGCCGUCGGUCUCGCUGUUGCGGUAGUUACUUUCGUCUUUGGUUCUGCGCUCAGGAUCUGAGGUUAUGGUGUUCGUAUAUAUAUAUAUAUACACACGUAGUGGAGUGUAUCUCUGCGUCCUCAUACGGCGUUUUAGGCAUUUAUGGAGUUGAUUUGUGGUUUUGUGCUCAUCUAUUAUUAAUAUUAUGUGUUGGUUGUCAUUGAGUUUUACUUUUAGGAAUUUCUGUUGGAUAUAUUUGAAUUCAUUUGCUCUUGUAAGUAUUUGAUCUUUUAUGCAUUAUAUAUUAUGUUUUGAUACUAAAUUUAGUGGUUUCUUUUUUCUGGUUGCUUGAA